UUUGCUAUAAAUAUCAUCAAAACUGUAACCGAAUAACAAAGAUCCAAAGAUCAAAAUGGCCACCGCUAUCAAGUUUUUUCAGUUGAACACUGGUGCCAAAAUUCCCUCUGUUGGAUUGGGAACUUGGCAAGCUGAACCUGGUGUUGUAGCUAAAGCUAUCACCACUGCUAUUCAGGUUGGAUAUAGGCAUAUUGAUUGUGCUCAAGCAUACAAGAAUCAAGCUGAGAUUGGUUCUGCAUUGAAAAAGCUCUUUGAGGAUGGUGUUGUUAAGCGCGAGGAGUUAUGGAUCACCUCAAAACUAUGGUGUUCAGAUCAUCAUCCGGAAGAUGUGCCAAAAGCAUUGGAAAAAACUUUAACGGAUUUGCAACUUGAUUACCUUGACCUCUAUUUGAUCCACUGGCCAGUGAGCAUGAAAAGGGGAGCAAGUGAUUUUAAGCCUGAAAAUCUUGAUCAUCCUGACAUACCAAGCACAUGGAAAGCAAUGGAGGCGCUAUACGACUCUGGCAAGGCUAAAGCUAUUGGAGUAAGCAACUUCUCUACAAAGAAACUUCAAGCUCUACUGGACAUAGCAAGAGUGCCUCCCGCUGCUAAUCAGGUGGAAUUGCACCCUGGAUGGCAGCAGUCAAAGUUGCAUGUGUUUUGUGCAUCAAAAGGAAUUCAUGUAUCUGGAUAUUCUCCUCUAGGCUCACCAGGAGUACUCAAAAGUGACAUUCUGCAGAAUCCAAUUGUCAAAGAGGUUGCAGAGAAAUUAGGGAAGACACCGGGACAAGUUGCCCUUCGAUGGGGUCUUCAAGCUGGACACAGUGUUCUACCUAAGAGCACAAAUGAAGCUAGAAUCAAGGAAAAUUUAGACGUGAUCGACUGGUCUAUUCCUGAAGACCUGAUAUCCAAGUUCUCUGAAAUUAAGCAGGAUAAGCUGAUUAAGGGUACGUUUUUUGUCAAUGAGACCUAUGGUGCCUAUAAGACUGUUGAAGAACUCUGGGACGGUGAAGUAUGAGCAAUAUAUGCAACAUUGAUACGAAGAAUAAUACGCUGCUUCCACGAUAAAAGCAGACCCUUCAAUGAUUCGCUGCUUCCAUGAUAAAGAUUAAAGCCAGAUGCUUUUAUGUUCCAAGAACUGUUAUUUUCUAUGUAGUUACGACAAUUCAGAUUAAAGACGUAUAUGGUAUCUGACAUAUGUUGGUGUCGCCGACACGACAUCACCAUACGUGGUUAUAUUUAAUCUGUUAAUGUUGUAUUCGGUAUUUGUUUUUGUGUUAAUGCUUCAAAGGACACUAUUGAUAAUAACAUAAGGGUUCAUUUCUCAGAUCAGGUGCUAAUAGAAUAUGAUAUUUCAUUUGGUUUUCUGCA